UUCUAUAGACUCCUGUAUGCUUGCCACACCUUCCAUGGCACCAGAUCCACUGAAUAAUGCUUCAAAUUCUUCCUAUAUGCUACUUCGAGUGUUGUUCUUUCGUUUGGUCCUUGGUCUUCAAGUUGAGUCUUCCCUUUCCAUGGAGAUAAUUGCCUUUUGGUUGUGGCUCCAACAAGGGAAUGGCCAAGUUGGUUACCUUCAGCACAUAUACUCUCUUGGUGACAACCAUUUUCGCGCAAUUGUUUCUUCUGCAAAACGUUUUCUGGAAGUUCUCCAUUUUGCGUUCGGUGGUUCAGAGGUCAGAUUUAUACCAAGAAGUGACUUUCAGAACCAAGCUAUUGAAGGAAUUUCUCUCUACCUCAAUACUAUCUGUUAUGAGGCCUUAGAAGAUCUUCGAGAAAUGAUAGAGAUGAAUUUUGUCCGUAAUCAGAUGACAUACCUGCGCCAAGAAGCCUAUGGACAGUCCAGGACUGAUCGGGUUCCUGCUGCAAGCUCGAUGACGGAUCUAUACCAAGAGGCCUAUGGAGAAUCAUCGCAUGAACAAAUUCCUAAUAUCUUAAUGACAGAUCUAUACCAAGAGUCCUAUGGACAAUCAUCGCAUGAACAGAUUCCUAAUAUCUCAAUGACAGAUCUAUACCAAGAGGCCUACGGAGAAUCAUUGCAUGAACAGAUUCCUAAUAUCUCAAUGACAGAUCUAUACCAAGAGGCCAAUGGAGAAUCAUCACAUGAACAGAUUCCUAAUAGCUCGGUGAGAAAACACCUUCUUACCAAGAUCAAGGCUUUGUAUGCUAACAAUUCGAAGCAUCAUGGAGAAGGCACAAGUUCUAGAAAUAUCCGUGUUCAAACAAGUCAAAUGUGCCAUGGAGAAGUCUCAAGUUCAAGAAAUAUCCAUCCUCAAACGAGUCGUAUGCUCCACCAUGAUACAGAGGACGAAGUACAUGAUUAUCAGCCAACCUCCCAUUUGGUCACAUUGCUGGAUAAGUUGAGCUUAAGAGAGAACCAUAAUGAUGCAAUCACGCAACACCUAUCUGAUGUUCCACCUAAUGAGAGAACUUUGUUCGUGACAUUUUCUAAUGGCUAUCCACUGACCAAGGAUGAACUACACGAAUUUUUUAUGAGGCACUAUGGAGAUAUUGAAGAAAUAAGUGUAGAGGAGCCAAUCGAAAGUAGGCCACCAUUGUACGCGCACGUUACAUUUUACUCACAGAUGACACUAUUCCGUGUUCUAGACGGGAAUAUGAGAGUCAAGUUCAUGACCAGGGGAAAACAUCUAUGGGCUCGACAGUUUGUGCCAAAGAAGAAGAAGAAAACUGAUGUCUGA